CAGAGCAGCGACUCGAGUGAAGCAGCAUCAUGUCUGGCAGAGGGAAAGGAGGCAAAGGAUUAGGCAAAGGCGGAGCAAAGCGGCACCGCAAAGUGCUUCGCGAUAACAUCCAGGGCAUCACCAAGCCAGCUAUCCGCCGCCUGUCUCGGCGUGGUGGGAUCAAGCGAAUCUCGGGUCUGAUCUACGAGGAGACCCGCGGGGUGUUGAAGGUUUUCCUGGACAAUGUUAUCAGGGACGCGGUCACCUACACCGAGCACGCCAAGCGCAAGACGGUCACUGCCAUGGAUGUGGUGUACGCUCUGAAACGAUAG